AUGUCUCAACCAAGAGUUGGCUUGUUUUCGCUAGCGAAUCCCCCCCUGAAUCAGAUCUGUGAGUACCUCGAACCAUCCGAUCGGCGUGCAUUUGCCCAAGCAAACAAGUACUGCAACUGUCUCGCGAAAUUGGCCUCGCAUCAUCUUUCCAUCUUUGUGGCUGACCCAGAACGUCUACAGGAGGACAUUAUCCGUUUCUCGAAACUGAGCGAGCCUGAACGCAAGGCAAUUCACUCGAUUACCGUGAGGGGCUACUUGGACGUCAGUUCUACCAACAAUGUUCAAGGUGAUAUAUCUAGGCAGGAUGUUAUUGAUGGCGGGGACGAGAGUUACGCAAACAGCUGCCCUGAUCCCUGGGUGACGCUGGCAAGAUUCUUGUGUCAAUUUCCUGCUCUGAAGAGCAUCGAGUGGGACUGUUACCCUCACAUGUCAGCAUCCAUCUUUUCAGUCUUGAAACAGAAAUUUCCACGAUGCGAGAUAUCUCUCAAUAUCGAUCUACGUGGUAACACUCACGCUCCUGAAGAAGUGUUCCAAUUUGUCGACGAGCUAUUGACAACUCCGAAUCCUGUGCUGCUCGCAUUCAACGGCAGCCACUUUCUGAGCGAUCUUUCCAUGCGGAUAUGUGAAGUUGUAUUGUGUUUAGCUCGUGGAAAUCCUAACAUUCGUCGUGUCUCGACAGAAAGGAGCUUCCGCAGAUUUGCAUCCAUCGGCCGGGGCCCACGAGGCUCUCUUCCAAACUUGACAUCCCAGGUAAAUGCAUAUCUCCGCACCAAGGCCAUCACGCCAGAAGGAAUUGGCAAUCUAGAGGAGAUUUCCUUUGAAGAAUUCAACCAUCUAUUCAGUUGUAUCGGCACGGGAAGAGACUUUUCAACACUCACAUCCUGGAAACUCUCACACUUUGAUUUCCAAGAGCUCAUCCAAAAUCAAUUGCCCCUCGACAUCCACUCUCUCAAAGAGAUUUCCAUUUGGUCUCAUGUCAGCGAUGAAGAGAAAUACAAUGCGUUCCUGCAACAGCUUCCACCAUUGUCAAAGCUUGUUCUCAAGGGUAAUUUAGCAAAGAGUACCUACGAGGUCAUUCUGCGCGAACAAACCAACGCGCUCGAAACCCUCGUCUUUGACGUUGAGCCCAAAUAUCAUCUGAAUGCAAUGACUCCAUCAGAGGUUCUCACGCUCUGCGAGAAAUUCACCAAGCUUACAACGUUGCAGCUGGCGAUCAAACGCUCGGGGGGCGACAAAGUCGAAGUUGACAUGUAUCGCAAGUUGGGCACCCUGCCUGCGCUGCAAAAAUUGACAUUGCUUCUUGACUGCUGGAGAACAGACCUUUGGAAAGGACAGGAUAUAGCAGCUCAAGAGUCAACUUUACCUGACGGCUCUACUGCCGAAGAAUGGGAGUAUGAAGACCUUUGCCCUAAUGCACCACUCCAAAAAGGCGAUCUGAAGCGAGCAAUGAUCAACUUCGCUAUGGACGAAGCUAUAGCACGAAGCAUAUUUCAUUGCGUCUCCUCCGGCAAAGGACCUAGGCCCUAUCCACUAGAAGAACUAACCAUGAACCCGCGCCAGAAACGGCUGCCUAAUAUUUUGCCGCAUGUUGACCUGCUGCCGGUUCUCCGGAUCAUUGGUCGAGAAUUACGUGUUCGCAAAGGUAUUCGCGACCAUGAGCGAGAUGUGCUGUUUGUUGAGACACUGAGGGAUUGGAACAAUGGUUCCUAUUCAGAUAUCGGGGAUUUGCUGAGCUGGACACCAUGGUUACACGACGUCUUCUCGCACGCAUGGCCUGAUUGGGACGGGAUCACACCCUGGUAUAAGGCAUGGCACAGCUUUCCUUUGCAAAGUUGCGAAUAA